AAGGAAUGUAUGUGUAUAACUGAUUCACUUUGCUAUACAGCAGAAAUUAACACAACUUUGUAAAUCAACUAUACUUAAAGUAAAUUUUUAAAAAUCUGUGUAAACUAAGGUGUUUCUUCUACAUCUUUUCAAUAUAGUCUUUCUUCAGUUUCAAUAUGAAAUACUUGGGUGUGCAUUUUCUUUUUUUAUAAUUUUAUUUUUAUUUAUUUAUUUUUGGCUGUGCUGGGUCUUUGUUGCUGUGCAGGCUUUCUCUAGUUGUGGCAAGCAGGGAUUUCUCUUGUCACAGAGCACAGACUCCAGAGUGCCCGGACUUUAGUAGUUGUGUCUUGUAGGCUCAGUAGUUGCAGUUCUUGGGCUCUGGUACACAGGUUCAAUAGUUGUGGUGCAUGGGUUUAGUUGCUACAAGGCAUGUGGGGUCUUCCCAGAUCAGGGAUCAAACUGGUGUCUCCUGUACUGGCAGCCAGACUCUUUAUAGAGUGUUUUCUGAACUUCCUGCAUUUGUGGUUUGCCAUCAAUGACUUUUUUAAAAUAUUUGUUUGGUUUUGGCUCCAUUGAGUCUUAGUUGGGAUCCAUUGCUUCAGCACGCAAGUUCUCCAGGUGUGGCACACAGGCUAAUUGUGGCCCUCAAGCUACAUAGUGGGCAGGCUUCAGUAGUUGUGGCAAGUGGGCCCUCCAGCUGCUAUGCAUGGCUUAGCUGCCCUGAAGCAUAUAGGAUCCCAACCAGGGAUCCAGCUCUUGAACCCCUGCAUUGCAAAGUGGAUUCCUAACCACUGGACCACCAAGGAAGUCCCCAGGCCUUGUAUCUUUAUUUUUUCUUUCUCAAUUUUGGAAACAGUGGUUUUCCUGUGACAUCAAUGCUCUGAUGGAUCUAAGAAGAGUUAUUGAUUUCAGAUGUUUUCAAGUUUUUUCUAUGAAGUUGGGAAUGGCAUCCAAGUGCUUUAAAAUAUUUAUUUAUUUAGGUUACCUCAGAUCUUAGUCAUGGCACACAGAAUCUUUGUUGUGUCAUGCAGGAUCUUUUGUUGCAGUGCUUGGACUCUCUGGUUAUGGCGCCUGGGCUCAGUAGUUGUGGCACACAGGCUUAGUUGCUCCAAGACAUGUGGGAUCUUAGACACUGACCAGUGAUCCAAUCUGCGUCCCCUGCACUGCAAAGCGAAUUCCUAACCACCGGACCACCAGAGUUCCUUAAAUACCAGACCCAAAACCAGAGUUCUCUGACUCCCAUUUUUGAUGGUUGACUGCUUUUAACUUUUAAGCCUCAUUCCCCCCACCCAUUUCUCUUUUUUUCCAUAGGUUUAAUGGGUUUAAUAAGCUUACCCCUUCAGUUCCUAUUUGCAGCACCCAGUAUUCCUUUGAAACACCAGACAGACCCAGCAGUGGCCAACAGUCAAGUUUAGACCUCCAGUUUAAAAGUUCAGGUUCUCUGAACAUUCCGUGUUGCAGUGGCACUUGUCCAAAAUUGGUACCUCCCUAUUGUUGGGGGAGCUUUAAAUGUACCAGUGGAAAAGCUUUUUCCUCUUCAUGGGGAAGAAAGAAAAUCAUUCCUCAAACCCAGCAGAUCUAGCUGUGAGGUCUUUCCUCCUGUCCCCCUCUCUUGUGUUUUUUUUGUUUUUUUGUUUUUUGUUUUUUGCAGUGGAGCGAGAGACCAAAAUCUAACUUGAGUUACAAGAAACAAGACAGUGAUGGCUGGCUAUAAAGGGAGUGACCAGGAGCAGUGGAGUCUCAUAUACCUCCCAUAUCUAAUAUUUGUGCUUCACAGAAAAACAAAAAUAACAGGUCCACAAAAUACAACAGGACUCAGUGACCUUUGAGGAUGUGGCUGUCAACUUCACCCUGGAAGAAUGGGCUUUCCUGGAUCCUUCACAGAAGAAGCUCUAUAGAGAUGUGAUGCGGGAAACCUUGAGGAACCUGGUCUCAAUAGGAGAAAAAUGGGAAGAUCAUGACAUUGAAGAUCAGUACAAAAAUCAGGGGAGAAAAUUAAGAAGUCAUGUAGUAGAAAGACUCUGUGAAAAUAAAGAGGGUAGUCAGUGUGGAGAAAACUUCAGCAUUAUUCCAAACCUCAAUCUGAACAAGAAAACUAAUAGAAUGAAACCACGUGAAUGCAGUGUAUGUGGAAAAGUGUUUACACGUCAUUCAUCCCUUAAGAGACAUAUGAGUUAUCACACUGAACGUAAACCACCUGAGUAUCAGAAAUAUGGAGAGAAGCCAUAUAGAUGUAAGGAAUGUGGUAAAGCCUUUGGCUAUCUCCAGUUUUUGGAGACCCAUGAGAAAAAUCACAAUCGAGAGAAAAAAUAUAAAUGUGAGGAAUGUGGGAAAGCGUUCCAUUCCCGUGCAUCCUUUCAAGCACAUGAAAGAAUCCACACAGGAGAAAAACCCUAUGAAUGUAAGGAAUGUGGGGAGGCCUUCAUGUGGAGCACAGGGUUUCGAAGACACAUGGUAACACACACUGGAAAUGCCUCAUAUACAUGUAAGAAAUGUGGGAAAGCUUUUAAUUGUUCCUCUUCAUUGCGAACACAUGAAACAACCCACAGUGAAAAGAAACCCUAUCAGUGUAAGCAAUGUGGAAAAUUCCUUAGAUAUUAUCAUACUUUUAGAACACAUCAAAGGACCCACACAGGUGAGAAACCCUAUGAAUGUAAGCAGUGUGGUAAAGCCUUCAGUUGUCCUAGUUCUUUUCGGAAACAUGAAAGAAUUCAUACUGGGGAAAAGCCUUAUGAAUGUAAGGAGUGUGGGAGAACCUUCAGAGGUCUCUCAAGCCUUCGAGCACACAUGAUCACUCACACUGGCGAUGGACCUUAUAAAUGUCAGGAAUGUGAGAGAGCCUUCAUUUCUCCUAGUUCCUUUCGAAUACAUCAAAGGAUUCACACUGGAGAGAAACCCUUUAAAUGUGAACAAUGUGGUAAAGCUUUCAAUUACUACAAUUCCUUACAGUCACACAGAAGAACUCAUACUGGAGAGAAGCCCUAUGAAUGCAAGGAAUGUGGGAAAACCCUCUCCCAUCAGCAAACCUUAAAAAUACACAUGCGGCUGCACACUGGAGAGAAACCCUAUGAAUGUAAACAAUGUGGUAAAGCCUUCAGAUAUUACCCUUCCUUUCACAAACACAAACGAAUUCAUACUGGAGGGAAACCCUUCGAAUGCAAACAGUGUGGUAAAGCCUUCAGUCAUUACAAUUCCUUACAGUCACAUGGAAGAACUCACACUGGAGAGAAACCCUACAAAUGCAAGGAAUGUGGGAAAGCCCUCUCCCAUCACCAAACCUUGAGAGUACACAUGAGACUGCACACUGGAGAGAAACCCUAUGAAUGCUCACAGUGCAGUAGAGCUUUCAGAUAUUACACUUCCUUCCAAAAGCACAAACGAAUUCACACUGACAAGAAAUUUUAUGAAUGAGGAACACAGAGAAGCCUUUAGUCAACCAACUUCACUUUGAAAAUGUUAAAGAAGCCACACUGGAGAGAGAGCCUAUCAGUGUAAACAAGGUGGGAAAACCUUAAGAUAUUUUCAAAGUUUGCAAACACAUGAAAGGAUUCCCAUAGAAGAGAAACCUUGUAAACAAUGUGGGAAGUCCUGCAAAAAUUAUACCUCCUUAGAAAUGCAUGAAUGAAUUCAUACUGAAGAGAAACCCUGUGACUGUAAGGGAUAUGGGAAAGCCUUCAGAUUUUACCAGAGGUUUUUAUUUAUUUUUGAUGACUUGAAAAAGAUCAGAGUGGAGGGAGUAUGGUAAAGCCUUCAUUUGUCACAAACCAUUUGAAGAGAGUGCACACUGGAGAGAUGCUAUAUAAUGUAAAAAAAAAAAAAAAAAGUCAGAAAACUGUCAGUCAUUCCAAGUCCAAAAUAAUGAAAGGACUCACUGGACAAAAACUCCUGAGUUAAACAGUUUUGGAAAGAUUUCAAUGAGCCCAUGUCUUUACAUGUGAAAACUCACAUUGAAAAGAAAUAAAUAUAAGUAAUAUGAGAAAGCUUGAUGAAAAUUAAUCUAUGUGUAAUCUUUCAGAAAACAGGAAAAGGUUGUUAUUAAAGUUGGAAAUACAUUGUGUUUAUCAAUUCUCUUUCUUAAAGUGCACUAUUGGACAGUGGAUUUCUAGUAAUUACUCUCAGAAAUGAAUAUGAGGGGAGAUGACUCUGUAAGUCAUGUUUCCACAGUGGUACAUAAAAUUAAUAGAGCUUUUUCUUUAAAUCAGUUUUAUUUUAUCUUUUCUUUUUGAAGCCAGUUGGAUCAUAGGUGAAUCAAAGUAAAUUUAUAAUAAUGCAAUUAGGUUAAAAUUGUUUUAUAAUGUUUGAUUUGCUCUGUGUUAAGGGCCCACUGAGAAAUGACAGUUUGGUAUUUGGAUUUUCCUAACAGCUGUGGCAGUUCUCGGAUAUCUCUAGUCCAGUAUAUCUAUUUAUCUUUCUUACCAAGCUCUUUUUUUGGAGUGAAGAGUACAAGAGCCUUUUAACAUUUUCUAUACUAAUAAACUGUUCAGUAAAUAUUUGUGUAUACCUCACUUAUAAAUGAAUAUAGUUUCUAUGUGAACAAUUAUUUUCAUAUUUAUAUGAAAAUAAUUUAUAUUUAUAUCUUGCUUUGUAUCUUUCCUUCUGACUAUAAUUUGGUGAAUAGACUUGGAAUUAAGAAGAGUGGCCUAGGAACUUCCCUGGUGGUCCAGUGGUUAAGAAUCUUCCUUGCAAUGCACGGGACCUGGAUUUGAUCCCUGCUCAGGGAAUCCACAUGCCACGGAGCAACUGAGCCUGUGUGCCUCAAUGAAAGAUCCUACAUUAUGCAAUGAAGAUCCCCUAUGCUCCAACUAAGACCCAAUGCAGCCAAGUAAAUAAAUAAAAAAGAAGAGAGGCUUAUAGUGGGCAACAAAAUUUAAAGCUAGAGCUAUCAUCUCUGUAGGUAAUGUUAGGGAUUAGAUUUUCCAGAACUCAUCCUCUUUAUGGUUCCCUGUUAGAGUCCACCAAUAGUGUGACUUGCCAGAGAUUUGGAAGGCAGAAACAAGGAAGGUAUUAGUCAGAUUUCACAGUCACCAUAUUUAAAGAGAGCCAAAUGCAUAGGAGCUUCAGGUAUACUAUCUUCCAGCCCAUUUUCUACAUUUUUUCCUUCCAGUCAAGUAUCCUCAAAACCACUACUAACUGUUUGACAUCCAUUUUCUGAGAUAUGUACAUGCUGCAACUAAGACCUGAUGCAGCCAAAUAAAUAUUUAAAUAAAACUUAAAAAAAAAAAAAAGAAAAUACUAGAGCUAUUUGUGUCCCCUUUCAAAGUGUUGGGUAAAUAAGCAAGCAAGUGGAUCUGAUAAAUAUGCAGGGCCUGUGGUCUCUGUGGUCAAUGGGAUAUGCCCAUGACAUGGGUUCUGCUGAAUGUUUCUGUCACUCUCUGCCCCUGAUGUUACCUCAGGUCAGUUUUUCAGAGUGGAAUAUGCAUUGGUUUCUAAAGAUGUUCAUAGGCCUGAUUUGGGAAACAAUGACUUGGAAAUGGUUUGUGGAUGCCCAUGGAGGGAACUGAUGGUGAUGCACUUGAAUGAGGAUGUCCCCAGCAAAUUCCAUUUGAGAUACACCUUUAGGUUUCAGAACCACAGUAUGUCCAAAGAUCUGUUCGAGGAAGCUGACUUAGACUCAAAGACAGACCUGGGAGCCCUCUCACUUCACUCCUAGUUACGUGAUGAAACGAGGAGAGGUGCAGCCCUAGUGUGUUCAAACAGGGUUGCAAAAAAGGCCUGUUGUGGCCUAUGUCCUUCUUCCCCAGCCCUUCAGUUAUUCCUAGAAAGAAUCUCAGAGUGGUGGGGGAAAAAGUUGAACACUUGAAGUUCAGGAGAGUUUAAUAUUCUCCUAGCAUACAAAGGCAUUUGUGUUAUUUUCUUUCUUCUUAUCUAUCUAUCUAUAAAUAAGUAUAAAAGCUUUAUAUAUAUUUACAAAACUUCAUAAAAACUCACAGCUAUUACAUUUGUUUCCUACUCUUACACAACAGAUGCUGGAAGUCUAAGCAUAUGGAAAUGAAACCUCAAAUAGUAAAACAGGCCAAUGAAUCACUGAUGCACAAGACUUCUAACCACCCCUGCAAUAAAAAGACACAAAAGUUCUCAUUUCUCCUUUUAUACUAAAUUAGGAUAUUACCCAAAGUAAUACCCUCUCCCUACAGCUCACCUCAAUUAUUCCUUGUAUGAUUGCCUCUAAACAUCCACUAUUUUUUUUUAUCAUGUUUCCACUGGGAAAUCACAACAGACUUGAGUAGUCAUCACUCUACUCAUAGAAUAAACUCAGGAUGGGUUUGAACAAUGCAGAUGAAUGUAUGUCCCUAAAUAGGAGGAACUCCUAAUUGUUGUGUUAAGCAGCAAAAUGAAAGCACCAAAUACUGUAACAAUUUUAAAAAGUUAAAGGUAAAUUAAAAUCCCCUCAAAUGAGGUGGUUAAAAAUAAAACCACCACAAACAACAUGGCCCAAAUCACUAGGAAGUUCCAAGAGCCAAUGUCCAACAAUGUCCAAACUCAUGAGCACACAUUCUAUAUAAAAAAUGUUUAACAAUUGCGAAAAUGAAGAGGAACCAUGUCUGUAUCUUUCUCUUUACAGGAAAUCUUUACUGUUAAUUACAAGAAUGCAGAAUUUCUAAUUGAUGCAACCUAUUUACUGACACAGCUUCCCAGGUGGCUCAGUGGUAAAGAAUCUGCCUGCCAAUUAGGAGAUGCAGAUUCGAUCCCUGGGUCAAGAAGGUCCCCUGGGGAAGGAGAUGCAAUCCACUCCAGUAUUCUUGCCUGAAAAAUCCCUUAGACAGAGGAGCCUGGUGGCCUAGAGUCCAUGGAGUUGCAAGAGUUGGACACAACUUGGUGACUAAACAUUUACAUACACAGCCAAGGAGUUCCUGAAAAAGUUUUAAAGAUGUAUUACGUCAUAGAAAUUCAGUGAUCAAUAAUGACAUCACCAUUCACUGAGGUGCCUACCCUCAGUGAAAAGAUAUAUAUACACCCCAGUUUCCCUAUUAUCUCACAUUAUUAUUUUACAUUCUAUCAAAGCCUUCAUUUCCAUCUAUGAGCCAAAGCUUUACCAUUUCCUAACCAUGUGUCUUUUCCCACAAAAAUAUUAUCAUCAGGGCUGCAAGAACUUGUUUGUCUCAUGCUGCUGUAUCCAAGUCCUACAGUUCCUUGAUUAUUUGUGCUAAUGGGGUACCUUGGUUCUAAAGUGCACAGCAAUGUGUGUGUGUGUGUGUGCUUAGUCGCUCAGUCGUGUCCGACUCUUUGCAACCCCAUGGACUGUAGCCUACCAGGCUCCUCU